UCUUUUUCAUUUUUUGCUCUUCAUUUUUGGGGUUGGGCAUCUUCUCACCAUUGGAGGAGAUUUUGAAGCUUUGAAGUGAUUCUUGGACACUUGGUGAGAUAUUUCUUCACUAUGGAUGCGUUAUAGCGACUAUUGGGGGGGUGAACACCGAGUAGACGAAGACCUUCUUCAACUUUUGUUUGAAGAUUGUCCCGCGUCGCCCCCACACAACUCGUCUGGGGACGAGGGGCUUAGUAGUGUGUCAGAGACGCCCGACCACCUCUACCGAGAGAGAAUAGGCGGUGAAGCAUACAACAGGCAUAUUUGGGAGCUUGAAAAAGGGAUACGAUCUUAUCUGCCCCGAGAGUGGACAUACACUCUUCCCUUUGGUGAGGUCAAUAUUCCAGUAGGGGUGCCCAUCGGCCUGUCAGGGGGGUUUCCUUUGGCCGAGACUGCUAUAACCACCGCAAAACUACCUACCAUGCUGAACGCCAUGGCUCGCACUAAAAAGAAGAGUCGGGUUAGCUCUUCUGACAGUUCCCAUACGGCGGAAGUCGUUACUAAACGGAGGGUAUCUGACGAUGUUGAGGCUGAUUCUGCCGAUGGAGCCAUGGAGGAGAUAGUCAAAGAGUUUUAGAAAUGGGUGGAAGAGGAAGCCAAGAAUACCCUUUAUAAAGCCGCCAAAGAGAAAGAAACAACCAAGGGUUCCCAAUCAGCCACUCUCAAAAUCAGUGAGUUCGCCCCUAAAGUGCUCAAGGAAGUUCGCACUUCCCGCUGCAAGACUAAGCAGACCCCCUUUGUGGCCCCUUCUAGCAGUCUCACCGAGACCCAACUCCAAUAUGUGGAGGAGUCGACUGUGAAUGGCAAGGACUGCCGGUUAGUGCUCCCCUUUCCGAAUCAGUUGGCGCAUGACCCUGGGGAGGGGCUGUGUGCAUGGUCCCGUCGCCAUAUUACUUAUGGGGGGGCACUCCCCCUUCAUAAUUUUUUCAAAGACGUGGCUGAUUAUUUUGGCCUUAGUCCGGGGCAGUUUUCUCCCUUGGCCAUACGAGUCCUGACUGGCAUAUUUGUUUUAUAUAAGCUAAUGAGAUGGAAG